CAAAUCUAUUGCAGAAAUAUUCUUGCAUUGUAACUUAUUUAAUUCGUCUUUUCCAUCACUGAAGAACAAAUCUAAACUGGACAAGUUUUUUAUGAUAUUGUUACAUGAAGUGAAAGAAGAAACAUGUCCCAUCCGCUGUUUGGAGUACCCGCAGGCUCAUAAACAUGUCAAGCUAUCUUUUCAAAAUUAAAAAAACUUCAUUACUUUUAAUUUUCUGUUCAUUGGUAUCCGUUAAUUUCCUUAUUUUUUUACAUUGCUUUUUCAGUUAUAGUAUUGUAGAAUUUAUGAUAUGAGUGAGAAUCUUAGAGAGAGAGUUCUUGCGAUAAAAUCAGAAGGAAAUGAUUAUUUCAAAAAGAGAAAUUAUGAAUUGGCAGUUGCAACAUACGAAAAUGCAUUGAAUUUGUGCAAAGGUUAUAGUGAACUUAAAGUGGAACAUGGAACAAUCUUGAAAAAUAAAGCUGCUUGUCAAUUAAAGCUAGGAAACUAUAACGAAGCUCUUAAAGAUUGUGAGGAAGCACUUCAAUAUUUACCCAAAGACUCAAAAGCUUUAUUUCGUAAAUGUCAAGCACUGGAAAAGUUGGAUCGUCUAGAAGAAGCAUUCAAAAUAGCAAGAACUUUGAUACAAAUUGCUCCAAAGGAUGCUACAGUUCAGGAAUUUCUUCAUAAUGUGAGCCAACAAAUUCAACAAAAGACUGAUAAACAGGGUACAACUGAUGGUAUGGUGGAUGUAAUGUUUACAGCAGUUUUUGAUGAACAUGAAUCAAAUGAACGUAAAGUUCAGGCAAUGAAGAAUUUGAUCAUUUUGACCAAUAAAGACUCUGGUGCUGAUAUAAUAUGCAAUGCAGGUGGUGUUGAAAAACUGUCCAAAAUAAUCACAGUUGGCAAUGAAGAACUAUGCCACCUGGCCAUUAAAGUUUUUGCUGUUCUUUGCAAAGGCAGUGCUGCAAGGGCUGCUAAAGUAUUUGAAAGCUUACAAUCUCAUCUUUCUAUUUGUAUAAAAUCGAAAUCCCCUGAGUUAUGUAACAGUGCUUUGAGUCUUGUGAGUCAAUUUAUACAAGCAACUGUUAGACAGCCAACUACUAAGGAAAAACAGAAAGAUGAGCAACCUCCAUUGGUUUAUAAAGAGCAAUUGAAAUUUGCAUGUUCAGUUUUGUUGGAUUACUUACUUGACAUAGAAGUCAAUGCUCGUAACAGAAGUUCAAUUAUUGAAUGCAUUAUUACUGCUUUGCCAGGAAAUAAAAACAUGGCUUUAUUGUUUAUUGAAAUGAAAGGAGUUCAAAAAUUAUUACAAGUUUCUGCAGAAUCGUCAUGUUUUUGGUUGAAAAUUCAAACAUCGUCUAUCUCAAUUGAGAAGACAGUUAGAAUGCAUGUAUCUGUGGCAUUGUCGAAAAUCUACGACAGUCUUGGAUGUAAAGAUGAAGAUAAGGAGAAAUUCUUUCAAGAUUGUGAUAUCUUUGUUUGUAAAUACAUUCAGAGUUCUGAAAGAUCUUUACAGAUAAAAGGUCUUGCUGCAUUGUGUACAAUCUUACAGGGGCCCCAAGAUGCUGUAACGUCAAUCUUAAAUAAAACAGAGAUCACUGAAGUUGUGUUUACUAUCGCCCAGUCUGAGGAAGUCCAUGAUCAGAUCGCUGCUGCUGAAGUUAUUGCCCUCGCAGCUUCCAAUAAACAAAGAUGUAGUGAGAUUCAUAAUAAGGGAAUGAGUGUUUUAAAAAGUCUAUAUAAAUCAACAAACGAGGAACUACAAGUCAGAGCACUAGUGCAAUAUUUUUAUCAGGGUAUGUGUAAAGUUGGUUCAACUGGUGCAGGAGAUAUUAAUGCAAAAGUUUAUAAGAAAGAAACUAUAUUAAAACUUUAUAAAUCCACACGAAGUUUUUUAGUUCGAUCACAGGAAGAAAUAGAGAUAAGAAAAUGGGCUUCAGAGGCACUAUCAUUUAUUACGUUAGACGCUGAUGUUAAAGAAGAAUUGAUUGAAGAUAUCACUGCUUUAAGAUCUCUAUUGGAUCUUGCGAAGCUAAAUGACAGCUCUUUGCUUUAUGGCGUCUGUCAAACACUGGUAAACCUUACGAAUAGUUAUGAUAAACCUGUACAAAACGAAAACACAGAAAAAAUGAAAGAACUUGGGAAAUUUGCUAAAGUCAAUAUUCCAGAAUUUGACGAGAAGGAUAACGAGGAACAUGUAGAAAGAAGGAUUAGUAUUUUAGUGAAGGAAGGUGUGAUCAAUGCUUUAGUGAACUUAGCAAAGCCUGAAAGUAAACAAUGUCGUGAAAUGAUUGCAAGAGUGUUUCAUGGCAUCGCUACUGUACAAGAAUAUCGUGGGCUCAUUGUACAACAGGGUGGAGCUAGAGCUUUACUGCCACUAACGACUGUGAAUACUGAAAGGGGAAAAGAUAUUGCAUCUCACGCUUUAGCUAAAGUUGCCAUCACGAUGAACCCAGAGUUUGCUUUUCCUGGACAAAAGAGUUUUGAAUUAGUUCGUCCUUUUUUGUCCUUACUCCAUCCUGACAAGAAGGGUUUGGAACAGUUUGAAUCACUGAUGGCUUUAACAAAUCUUGCAGGAAUGAACAAUGACGUCAGGAAACACAUAUAUCGUGAACGAGGUAUUCCUGACAUUGAAAGUUUAUUGUUUGAAGAUCAUGAGAUGAUUCGACGAGCUGCAGCUGAAUGUAUGUGUAAUCUCGUUUACUGUGACGAGGUCGCGGAGCUAUUUCUUCAAGAAAACACCACAGAACGAGUGAAGUUAUUUACACUUUUUUCAGGAGAAGAAGAUGAACUCCUUGCUAGAGCGUGUUCUGGUGCUUUGGCAAUUCUUACAGACAAUCCCAAAAUCUGCAAGAAAGUGUCUGAGGUGAGGCCAUGGCUUGAAAUAUUUCAAUCUUUAUUACUGUCACCAAACAAGGAACUUCAACACAGGGGCUCCUAUAUUGUUAGGAAUAUGAUGAAUUCCAGCAAAGAAAUAGCUGAAAAGCUUGUGGAGAGCAAGAUAUUUGAGAUUCUUUUGGCGUUAUCUCAGGAUACAAAAAUAGACGUUCCUGUGAAAGAAGCAGUGACAGAGAGCUUGAAGAAAGCAAAAGACUGGAAACUAAUAAUAGACGCUCCCAAAGAAUAAUGAUGAAAGAAUCACGAAUAAUCCAUCUUGUCGAUUAAUGAGUGAUAACCAGCUGUUUCUGCAAGAAAAAGCAAAUAAUUUAAGAAAGGACAUCACACAUGUCGUAAGUUUUACUCAACUUAUGUAAACAUUUUUUGUUUUGCUUUAUUUACUUAUGUUUUUUAAUUAGAAGAGAUUAUAUGGGCGCAUGUUAUGCAAACGAGCUAAAUAUUGCAGUGACGUUACAAGAAUUGCGCGAUAACACUUUGAGUUCAUUGAUAUAAUGAACAUCAAACAACAAAAUGCAAAUAUCACGCAGCGUGUUGAAAGUUUUGGACAUCUCACUCUGUUUUUCUACGCACUAUAUUGAUUUUAACAAAUUUUUACAAUUUCCUAUUGUGUAUUUUCGUUGAUUAUCGGAGAGCAAAAUCAAAUUUCGAAAUAAUGCUGUCACCUAUUGCCAAUUUAUAUAAUCAUUUGUCCUGUAUUUCCUUGACUGACAUUAUGUUGCCGUGCAACAAGCAAUGAAACUAUGUCAGGAAUAUUAGCAUUUACAAUUUCAAUUGCAGAUUAGCUUUAAUUUUAUUAUUGUUUCUGUUUCUCUACCAAACACAAACAUUUUGCUGUUUGUUUUAUGAAUAUAUUAUGUGGCAAGCUUCUGGCAAUUUUGAUAGGCAAGAAAGCGCACAGGAAGUCGAACGAAUUAUUUUCACAUGGUUUUAUUUUAAUAAGCUUUUGGCAAUAUAGAUUUCAAAAAUUGAUUGACGCAAUUGUAAUCAUACGAUCGAUUGGUAGUGGACAUAUGAUGUUAAUUUACUGUUGUAUGAAAAUGUACGAAACUCAUAACUUCCGUAGCAAACUGAUUUGCUCUGAAAUAAAAAUAUUUUUGUAUUGAAUGAAAA